AUGCAUUCUAGUCUUUUCCAACCAGAUGAACAACCAAUCAUGGAAGCCCUGGCAGCAUUAGGAAUAGAUACUAAUGCCUUUACUUGUGUGACAACCGGAGGGCCCAAUGGUUUUAAAUUGUGGGCGUGUCCUAUUCCAGAUUGCAACAAGCUAUAUCCUCGACUCAGUCUGUUGAAAGUGCAUAUCUUAACCCACUAUGGGGUUCGGCCGUACCGGUGUGAUGUGCCGGGUUGCCAUUGGACGUUUUAUACAUUUUUCAAAUUGAAGCGUCAUAAAGAAACCCAUCUGAAAAGAAAAGCAUUUGAGUGUCCUGUUCCUAGCUGUGGUCAUCGAUUCACCACAAUUUACAAUUUGAAAGCUCAUCGUAAACUCCAUGAAAGACCUGCAAAGCUGCAGUGUCCUGUUGUUGGGUGUGAUGCUCAUUUCCAAACAAAGCGCGCUGUGGAGAUGCAUAUAAAGAAACAUGGAAUCUCCUAUGCACCAUAUCAAUGCACCUAUGCUGGGUGUGGCAAGCGUUAUUAUUCCAGCAACACUCUAAAUGGUCAUGCACGCAGCCAUCAGCACCGCGAGGAGGAAGUGCACUGCCAAUGGCCAGAUUGUGGAAAGUGGUUUGAUAAACCAUGCAGAUUGAAAGCUCACAUGCGUAUCCAUACUGGGGACAAACCCUACCUCUGUACAUUUCAGAAUUGCGGCUGGGCAUUCUCUAGUGCAAGUAAACUAAAGCGACAUCAACAGAAGCACACAAAUGAACGCAAAUUCCGAUGUUCAGUUGAGGGAUGUGGGAAGUCAUUCAUGAGGUCUGAACAUUUGAAAGAACAUACACAAACUCACAUUGGAGAACGUUGCUACCAGUGUACCGUGGAAACCAAGAGCAGCCUGUAUGUGCAUCUUAAGAAACAUAAGCAACAGAUGAAGGAUGCUGGAAUUGGGUCCGAGGGCCAGCCUGCGUUGCAACCGCCGUCCAGCAACGCUUCACAGUGCCCACCCCAGAAGUCAAAACAAAAGGCCUCUGACCUUUUGGUUUCGAAGUGGGAACAAGUGGAGAACGCGUCAGAUGCAAAUCAUUUAGAUUUUGUUACUUCCUUGUUACUCUCUGGAGGAGGAAAUCAGCAGAUUCUAGUUGGCACUUCAGAGGAUCAGUCGGUGGUGACAUCUGAUGGUUUAGCAACUGUUGCUCUUCAGGGACCUGUGUGUACGGUUGCUGUGGCAGGAACAGGAGAUAUGAAUUCUACUGGAUUGCUAACAACCAGUUCUUUAUUUGAUCCAGUUACAACUUACAGUUCAGAAUUUAUUAACUCAGAACUUUUGACAGCACCUCAAGUUGGCAACAUGUUGGUUGUGACUCAACAGGAAGCAGAAGAGGGAGAAGCUUGUUUGCAAGAUGAUACGAGCGCAGGAACCAGAGUGCUGUUAACUUCCACUACUUCAACUGACGCAACAGCAUCUGAUCAAGAUAGAGAGCUGCAUCUUGCUACAGAGUCCAUUAGUGAUCCUCUUCUUGCAGAUAAUUACGAGCAGUCUCGAGUGAUUGCCUUCAACCUUGAUAAUUUAAGUGAUUCUGAAGUGGAUGAAAUCGCUGAUGACCCUACAUGUCAAGCUGCUCGCACGCAUUUAACUUACCAGGAUGUGAUCCAGAGGAAGCGUCAGCAGUACACCGGCAGUGAUAACAAAGUUAUUAGUAGUGGCUGUGAUAAUAGUGUUGCUACGAUUGGAAGUAGCAAUGCAGGUUCAUGCGGAACAGAAUCUGCUCUCGCAGAUGCCAUAGUGGGCCUGCGAGAUCCUGUGACUGCCCUGUGUAUUCCUCCAGAAAUGGCUGGGCUGGUGGCUCCUACUACUGAUCUCAAUUUGCUAUUGCAGGAGGAGUCCGGCUUGCAAGUUUUAUUGUUAGAUGGAGAGGGCAGGGAUUACUUUUUCCAGUUACAUCCACACAUUGUUGCAAGAUCUUCAUCAAGAAGGAUCAACAUCAGUGAUACUAGAUUGGUGCAAAGCUCAAUACAUCUUAAACUCUUGAAGUUGACAGAAAUGGUGUUAAUGUUGCGUGAUGAAAUGGAGAGCAUCUUCCCCACAAGUCAUGACACAAUGCAUUUCAUGGAGAAGUUCCACCAAAGUGCAGCAUCCAAAAUUGCAAUCUUAAUGAGGAAUAUGGAUAAACGUGAAGGUGAAAUGGCUGAUGAAGACUUUCUUCAACAACCCGACCUACAACGUUGCUGGAUGUUGUACACACAACACUCUUCUUGUCCUAAAGUAUUGAAUCCUCAUGUAACAGAGAUAAUAUUAUCAAAAACAAAUUAA